AGAGAGAAUAACAGGACUUCUGCCUUUCCCCCUUCUUCCCUCCCCUUCUGGCUCUUCUUCCUCUCUUCCCUCGAGCCAGGCUGCCCUUUGACUCCCAUGUGCCGAGAAGGACUUUGGUGAGCUUGGCCCGCCGGCUGCGCUCAAGAGUUUGGGGUUAGAGAGCUGAAACAAUGGGUGACUGGAACUUUCUGGGGAGACUAUUAGAGAAUGCGCAAGAGCACUCCACAGUUAUUGGCAAAGUUUGGCUGACGGUACUGUUUAUCUUCAGGAUAUUGGUGCUGGGGGCGGCUGCUGAGGAGGUCUGGGGAGAUGAACAAUCAGAUUUUACAUGCAACACCCAGCAACCUGGUUGUGAGAACGUCUGCUAUGACGAAGCCUUCCCCAUCUCCCACAUCCGCUUCUGGGUGCUGCAGAUCAUCUUUGUCUCCACUCCGACCCUCAUCUACCUGGGUCACGUGCUCCACAUUGUGCGCAUGGAGGAAAAGAAAAAAGAGAAGGAAGAAGAGAUUAGGAAAACCGGAAACGGCAGGGAAGCAAGCCGCCUCCUGCAAGGAUCAAAAGCGGAAGUUGGCAGCGGCGAGAACAGCAGCGGCAGCAACGACAAGCAGCCGCCAAAGCAGAAAGAAGAGAAACUACCUGUCCGCGAUGAGCAUGGCAGGAUUCGCAUGGCAGGUGCCCUGUUGCGCACCUACGUUUUCAACAUUAUCUUCAAAACUCUCUUUGAAAUAGCCUUUAUCUUGGGCCAGUACUUCCUUUACGGUUUUGAGUUGAAGCCACUCUACCGUUGUGGCCGCUGGCCCUGUCCGAACAUUGUAGAUUGUUUCAUUUCGCGGCCCACGGAGAAGACCAUCUUCAUCAUCUUCAUGCUGGCGGUGGCCUGCCUCUCUCUGCUCCUCAACAUGUUUGAGAUGUACCACUUGGGAUGGAAAAAAUUCAAGCAGGGCAUGACCAGUAGACGCAGCCAUGCAGCACCCGCCUUCACCCCCGUCACGCCAGCCUCAGAAGUGGAGGACUCCAAACCUGCCUCCCACGCAGCCUUGCCGGUACCUGCAGCACCACCAACCGCGACCUCCAUCACCAUGCCUGAAACUCGUACCAUCACCCCGCUGGUUUAUCAGCAAGCUGGGUUGCCACACUACGCGGACGUUACCUCCAGGCCACAGCCGGCCUCUGUUGCAACCUCUCUGACUGGCUACCCAGGGGGUCCUUUGGCCGGCGAGGACAGGCACAAAGCCCUCAGGCACACGGCAGUCUCCACCCCAGUCGCAACCACAUCGUCUAUCCCUUCACCUUCGCCCGUCAACAACUCCUACUUCAGUAGCCAAGCACUGGCUGAUGAGCACAACUGGGCCAAUUUGGCCGUCGAGCAGCAGAGGAAACUCGCAGGCUCCAGCUCAGCUGCCUCCUCCACCCCCAGUAGCCUCCGACAACCUCACCCGGAGCAAGGGGAGCCCAGAGAGCACCCGCCGCCUCCACCUUCUCUGUCGCCUGUGGCUGCCGCCAACAGCAGCAGCCUGAGUACCAGCCUGAGUGGGGGAAGUGGCAGCAAGUGGGAUGGAGAAGGGGAAGAGGAAGGGUCCUCUAUGUCGGCUGCCUGCACCUUGGUGGAGAUGCACGACCCACCGCUGCUCAUAGACACACGUCGCUUGAGCAGGGCUAGUAAAUCGAGCAGCAGCAGAGCCAGGUCUGAUGACUUGACCGUGUAACUGGAUCCCCUACGCUGGGAGGAAUAAGAAGAUGAAGGUAGCAAAGUGUAAAGGGGAACUAUUCUGGGGGGUAGGGAGGCUUAACCCCAGGACAAGGGGAUAGGGGAGGCCAAGAUCCCAAACUUUGAAGCUUGCAGUUCUUGCACUCUGUGGGUUGUAGUGGUGGUGAGGGCGGGGGCGGGACAAACUUCAACGUUUUCUAAUAGGUUGGGGGUGGCGAAAGCGCAGCCCACCGGCCAAGGGACCAAUAGCAGCCAGAUCACGUGAGAGGAAAAGAGGCCUUCGUAGAUUAUGGGUGCUAGCAGCAAAUGAGAACGUGCUGUUGUAAUCACAUAUCCCAACAAGCAACGCUUAGUCCUUGUCGUCAUCUGUCAUCUCAUUCUGCCCCUCAUCCCAGUUCCAGUUCCUUUCACAGGCUCACAUUUAGUUCUAGUAAGAGGGUUUCUUCCUCCUGUUCACCUCACUUCCAUAAACCUGAAGCUCACCAAAGCCAGUCCAAGCCAUUUUGCUGCCUGAGGCAAAGGACAAGAUGGUGCCCAUCUCCCACUCUACAUACAGAAGUUGACUAGACUAGCAGUUGAAUCUUACUAAAAUGGUGCCAAUGGGAUAGCAUCCUCCCCAACAUCUUAGGGCAGCAAACUAGUUUAAGGGAUGCAGGAAAGACUGUGUGGCACACACAUCUCUGACCUCCAAUAGAAGGCCCUGCUGCUCCUCAGCAUCAGCCACCUGAGGCUGUUGCCUCACUCUGCCUAAUGAUAGGGUCAGCCCUGAAGGUAACUGCAGAUCAUCUUUCCCCUUCGUGGUCAAAGAGCCACAAUUAAAACAAAAGCAGGUUAAGGUGUCUUCAGUUAAUUUAAGGCAGCUUUCUGCUCUUCACAAAUUGUCAGUUUCUAAUGGGUCUGUACUGACCCCCUGCUGUAGACUGAAGUGUUCAUUUUUUCAUUUAUUUCCAUUCUUUUCUUUUUGGCUCUUAAUCUGUGAGGAAGUGUCAAGCUUGAAAUUCUACACAAGUGUUUCCAAACCAUGAAGACACAUUUUAAAUCUAUGUAUUUUUAAACCUUUGGUUACCUUUCUUGAAAUUACUUCUGAAACUAUAAAUGCAAGAACAAUAACGUAAAGCACACACAUCUUAAGAUAUGACACACUUUGGCUUUUAACCCAGAAAAGCAAAGAAACUGUUCCAGUAUUUUAUGCCUAUUGUGAACAAAAUUGUAGGAUGAACUAGGACUGUGCAUUUUAGGUGGCUAAAUAUUUUUGAGCUAGUUAGGGGAAAUAGUGAGGGCACAACUGAGCUAAAAAGAGGCAGAAACACUUGAUUUCAGUGGAAUAAGCAGCAGAUUACAAUCUCAACCUAAAAAGAGAUUUUUUGGGGGGGUCUGCUGUUGUAAAAUGUAUUUGGCAAAAGUAAUAAACAGUGAAAUUGAAAGACUAAAACUACAGUGCACACCUGAAGAUUUUAAAAAUAACCUAUGUAUUUCAAAUUAAUGUGGCAGUGCACUUAGCUCUUUAGUUUUAUCUUUUUAUUGUAUAAAGAUAUACAAUUUGUAUUGACUCUGGUCAUUUUCACAAAUGGGAAUUGGCUUCUGUUUGAUUUCCAGCAUAAAAAAAAUGUCCAAAAUGAAAAAUUAGGCCCUGUACCACAGAAAGUUGAUUGUGCUUAAGUACUGUACCUUUGAAAUCCAUUGGUCUUGUUAUUUGCAGCUAGCCUCAUCGAUCUCAACAGGACCUAAGCGCAACCGACUUUGUCUGGAUCAAAGCCUAAUGUGCAGUGUAAAACUGCUUUAUCUGGUAUUUCUUAAGUACAUGUUUGCUUUUCUCAUAUAUUUAAAUCACAUUCAACCACUUUAUUGUUUAGAAAUGUUGAUGUCUAUUUGACUAAGCGGCAACUGGUCUUCCACUAUCUGAAUCCAUUUAUUCCAGACUAAAGAUGUCAUUUUUUGAAGUCAUUAAGUGAAGUGCACUGUGCUAUCAAUUAACAGUGCAACGUGGCACAUGGCUGCUCAGAAGUAAGCCUCACUGAGUUCAAUGAGGCUUAUUUCCAAGCGAGCCAAUAUACGAUUGCAACCUAAACCAGAGGAAGAUUUAAAGACAGUGGGUUGUAUCCGACAGUGGGGGGGGGAGAGUUCCGAUCACGUGGGAUUUCCCCUUCCACUCCUCUCUCUGCCUGUCCCCAAAACUGCUCUGGAGGGGCUGCAGGGGAGAGGAGGGGGGGUGAUCUUUUGCAGACUUGGAAAUCUGCUGUGCUAGUGGAACGGCAGCAUUAGAUACGGCCCGGAAUGUCUGGAUCAGACCAAAAGUUUUAUCUAGUCUAGCAUGCUGCUUCCCAAAGCAACCAAUCGGAUGCUCACUCCCAGUUGGUCCACCAUCGAAUUGCAUUCCCUGAUGCCUCUGAAUCUGGAUGUACCCCUAUAGCCAUCAUGACUAAUAGCCAUUGAUAGGUCCAUUCUGCGUGGAUUUGUCUAAUCCCCUUUUAAAGGCAUCUAAGCAGUGCCUUAAUAUAUCAUGAUAGAUGGCAUUCUGCUCUCGGGGUUGCAUAUGCAGUGUUGCUGACGCCAGCAUUAAGUCAACAGGCUUGUCUAAGCAGAAAUGAGAACAGAAUUGUACUCAGUUUGCCUCUUCUUUUCUUUUUAUACUAUAUUGUCUGAAAUGUAACACAAAACGAAUAGCCAAGGUAGCACUAUAUAUAUCUUAUUUCAAUAAAUAAAUGAAAAGGGGGAAAGAUAGUUGCUUCAAUGUUCUUUGUACACACUGUACUCACGUAUCUCAAGGAAUAGAGUGAUUUUUCCAAAGUUAGCCUGGUUUUCUAUUUAAUGAGUGCUGUUCCUGUUCUAGGAAGGCACCCAGGAAAGGAGUAAAUUAACAGCUUGGAAUGGAAUUUGACUCACGAUUUCCUAGGCUCCCUGAUAAUUCCCUGUGCCGCCCACAUUCCAAGUAAUGUUAAAGGUAUCUGCAAAAUAAUAAUAAUAAUAAUAAUAAUAAUAAUAAUAAUAAUAAUAACUUAUUAUAGCAUCAUUUAUUUAUUGCUUUGGCCACAUGGGCCAAGCCUUACUUAAAAGAUUGCUUUGUAUGCCAAGCUUUUUAAUAUACUAUCUCCUAUGCAUUCCAACUCAAAAGUAAGACCCACUGAGUUCAAUAUGACUUUCUCCCAGGGGAGUGUUGUAGGACUGCAAACUAGGCCUUGUUCUAAAUUCACUAAAAUAAAUUCCAUCUCUCUUGGAAGGAUAUAGAGAAAUGCUUUGGCAUCAGAUACCAGUAUUUCUUACUUUUUACUGAGAUAACAUCCACAUAGGCCAUAGAGUAUUAGCACAAGUAAGAACCAAAAGCAGAAUAGGAGCAAGGGUUCAAUUCUUGAAUACCAAGAAAACACCUCAAUUAAAAUAUUUCAACCAACUUAGAAAGCAAUUAGUUCAAGAAACAUCUGCUGGGGAAAACAACAUAUCCUGUUGUAAAUAUGUUCAUUUACCUUGGUUUUUUUUGUCGUUAAAACAAAACAGAGAGUAUGGUGACAAUUAACUCUUGUAGCUUUUUUGGGGGGGGCUCAAUAUUGGAAGAGGUUUCUCAAAGUAGUAUGUAUAUAAGGGUGUUUUCACAUGUGACUUUUAAGAAGCUGAGUGUUCCAAUUAAUCAAGUGAAAAAGUGACAUUCAUAUGCUCAUAUGUUGUUUUGAAACUGUCUCUCUUUUUAAAUCCCACUGACAGGUACAUCAUUCAUAAGCAGCAUACCAGAAGCACAGGCCACGAUUUGCUUUCCUUAAACUGUAUCUACAGUGGUACCUCGCAAGACGAAUGCCUCGCAAGACAAAAAACUCGCUAGACGAAAGGUUUUUCCGUUUG